AUGUAUAUUUCUCUUUCUGCCAGAUUACAGCGACCACAUGUCUACCUGCCAGUUCACCUUUAUGGCCAACUGGUGCACCAUAAAACAGGCUGCCAUUUAUUGGAGUCUCAGAGUAUUGUUACAGAUCUAAGUUACACUGUUCGUUCCCCAAUGCUGGAUAAGUGGGAAGGAAUUAAGCAGCUGAAAGCAGCCCUUUGGGCCUUGGGCAAUAUCGGAUCAUCGAAUUGGGGUCUUAACUUGCUUCAAGAGGAGAAUGUAAUUCCUGAUAUAAUGGCACUUGCUCAACAUUGUGAGGUUCUGUCUGUUAGAGGAACCUGUGUCUACGUGCUUGGUCUAAUAGCCAAAACUAAACAAGGAUGUGACAUUUUGAAGCAUCACAACUGGGAUGCAGUAAGACACAGUCGUAGACAGCCUUGGCCAGUGGUCCCUGAUGACAUGGAGCAGCUCUGCAAUGAACUUUCUUCUAUACCCAGCACUCUUAGCUUGAAUUCUGAGUCUACCAGUUCUAGGCACAACAGUGAAAGCGAAUCUGCUCCAUCAAGUAUGUUCAUCAUGGAAGAUGACCGUUUUGGUAGUACUUCGACCAGUACUUUCUUCCUAGAUAUUACUGAAGAUGCAGAACAAAUAUUUUAUGACAGACCUGGACCUUCAAAGGACAAAGACCGUAGUCCUUUCCCUUUUUUUUCAUCUAGUAGACUUGUAAAAAAUCGCAUUCUAAAUUCUCUUACUCUGCCUAAUAAAAAACACAGAAGUAGCAGUGAUCCAAAAGGAGGAAAGAUGGCAUCAUCUGACAGUAAAUCAGGCCUGAGGCGAAAUCGUACAGUAACAGAACCUAGUGGUAGCAUUGACUUUCCUGCUGGGGAAGAAUUGAACCCUGUUUUCAGAGUUCCAAAAAUCCAGACUUUACGAUUAGAAACUUCUUUUGUUGGAAGUAAGCAUGUGGAAGAUACUGAUUGUACUCAGAGUAUUGGAGAAAAUGAUCUGAAGCUGCCAAAAGGUCUUGGAAAUGAAAUUCAUCGGGAAAACACAAGCAAAGAAAGGCUAAUAGGAGGAGAUGGUACUACACAAACGCAUUUCAAGAGUCGUAGCUUAAGUUUUAACACAGAUACCACAACAAGUGGCAUAAGUUCAAUGAGCUCUAGUCCUUCAAGGGAGACUGUAGGUGUGGACACUACAAAUGUAGAUACUGACUGUGGAAGUUUGAGUACUGUCGUAAGCACAAAAACAGUUAAACCAAGUCACUGUUCAACACCACAGUCUAACCACCUGCCUCUCUCAAAAUCCAACUCGGUAUCCCUGGUUCCACCAGGCUCUUCUCAUACCCUACCUAGAAGAGCCCAAUCUCUUAAAGCUCCUUCUCUUGCUACAAUAAAAAGUCUUGCUGACUAUAACUUCAGCUACACGAGUUCUCGAGAUGCGUUUGGCUAUGCUACACUAAAGCGCCUGCAGCAGCAGAGGAUGCAUCCCUCACUGUCUCACUCAGAAGCUCUGGCAUCUCCAGCAAAGGACGUGCUGUUUACUGACACUAUCACCAUGAAGUCUGGCAGCCUGGAUUCUCGACUAACCCCAAGCCGGUUCAUGAAAGCUUUAAGUUACGCUUCGUUAGAUAAAGAAGAUUUAUUAAGUCCUAUUAACCAAAACACACUUCAGCGUUCCUCCUCUGUUCGCUCCAUGGUUUCUAACGCUACUUAUGGUAGCUCUGAUGAUUACAUUGGCCUUGCUCUCCCGGUGGAUAUCAAUGAAAUAUUUCAGGUAAAAGAAACUCCAUAUUUCCAGAAGAAAACUACACCUCCAUUUGAUGAACAUGGAUCUAGGGUCUUUACAUCUGAUACAGGAGGUCUUCCAUCAGGUGCGAGUGAUGUUGUCAAAAGCCCUUUUCAGAUGCUCCGCCAGCAGAUCAGUCUCACAGAAAUCAUGAAUACCAGCCGUUCAGAUGCCUGUCAGUUCUUGGAAGGUACAGAGGACACAGGGCUCCAGGAGCACACAGAUGAGAACUGUCUUUACUGUGUUUGCAUUCAGAUUCUGGGUUAUCAGCCUAACACCAAAGUGAGCUCUUCCUAUAAUCGUUCAGAUUUUUCAGACAUUCCGUAUACUGACUGGUGUGGGCAGACCAUUCACAAUCACUUAGAUGUGCAUUCCUCCAAAUUUUCUGGAAUUUCAGGCUGUAGUGAUGCAGUAUCCCAUGGUUCAGCCAGCAGCACCAAGAGUACAGAGCUUGUAUUAGGAGUAAAGUCAAUCCCAGAUGACACACCAGUGUGCAGGAUACUUCUGCGGAAGGAGGUCUUACGUUUAGUUAUCAAUUUGAGCAGUUCAGUAGGAACUAAGGGCCAUGAAACUGGUCUUCUGACAAUUAAGGAGAAGUAUCCCCAAGCAUUUGAUGACAUAUGCCUUUACUCUGAGGUGUCCUACUUGCUAGCACAUUGUACAUUUCGACUUCCAUCCCGAAGGUUCAUUCAGGAGCUAUUUCAAGAUGUUCAGUUCUUGCAGAUGCAUGAGGAAGCAGAGGCUAUUUUGGCAACCCCUACGAAACAGCCUGUAAUCGAUGCAUCAGCUGAGUCCUGACCUCUGCUCAGGCAGUGCUCUGCAUAUGGACUUUGAAAUGCUCAGACAACCUCCCACUGACUGGAUAAAAAGUUUGGAACAUCAUCUUCAAAACCUUCCAGAAGCUACUGGUACCUGAAGACUGAACUGAAAAUAUUUUCUUCCUCAACCAAUUACUGGCACAGUCAUUUGAGCCCUUUGGGGAUUUAUUAGACAUUACCAUAGUUUUAAUAAUAGUAAUUACUAGUAUAUGCAAGAGCCAAGCACUGAACACCUCCACAAGUUUUCAUUUCAUUUUCUACCAUAAAUUACGAAGAAAUAGGACAACUUGCAGAGACAUUUUUAAUUGACUUCCGAUUCUGUUCCAGAGAAGCAGAAUGAUGCCUUGCUUUUUAAACCCUGGAUACCAGGAAUCAGAGAGAUGGGGGUGCAUUCCACUGCCAGCAAUGGGGAGCCAUGCUGUAGUUGUGGGCACCAGGGGAUUAAUGUUAGCCCUUCUCUGUUGAUUUUUGUACUGUUUAUAACACUACUUUGGGGAUUUGUAACUUCAGACAGAAAGAAAUGCCUCUGAAUCUGAGGUUUCAUUAAGUUAUUUUAAUAUUGCUAUAGUUGUAAGACAUUUUAUUAGCAGUUUCUUCGAUUUCAUUGCAUUUACAUACAUGUAUCUUAUCUGAACCAGUUAAGGAUUUUCACUACAAUUUUAUUUUCAAAACAAGUCAUUUAAAAUUUAAAGUGCUGAAAUCAGAUUGUUUUCCCUGAAUACUAUGCAUGUGUUUGCAGUUUCUACACUCAUACUCAUAUAGUACAAAUGUGGGUCUUACUCAACUACAAUCCUUUAAAAAGCAUGAUUUGUAUCAGAUAAGCAAAUACUGUAUAAACUGAAUUUGAAGACAUUUAAUCAUUGCAGGUUUUGUGAGGAGACUUAAGUAUGAGUGUUUUCCAAGUUCCACAGAAACAGCUUUUUAUAAAAACAAAGAUUUAUUUGAAUUUUCAAUGGAUUAGUGAUCAAGCAUCAGAUAGUACUAAUAAUUGUAGUGAAAAGCCUUAAGUAACAAAUUUUGGAGCAGCCUACUUAUAAUUUUGUACUGGUAUUUAGGACUUGUUGCAAAAGUUAAAUGAUACAGUGACUGGUAAUGAUUGAAGUAGUUGCCUCUAUCAUGUUACUAGUGCCGUUUCUAAACUAGUAAGUGCAAGCUAAAAAAAAAAAAAAAAAAAUAGUAGGAAUCCCUGUCACUUUGAUUAUGGAUCUAAAGAUUCAGAAGCCUUUAUAUAAAGGUAGUAUAAAUAUAUGCAAAUGUGUAUAUACAGUAGCAUGGCCACCUUUGUUAGAAUGCCUGUAAUAGAAGGGGUUACCCUUUGAUUUUGAUAUAGGUGAAUAAUUCAGCUGGACUGUACUAAGUAGAACGUAUUUUUAUCCAUUCACUCCUACCAUUUUUUAUAAUUGUCAGAUUAAUUCUUAAGUGAAAUUUAUCCUGAUGCUCAUAUCUCUGUUCUUACUAGCUAUGCUACUGGAGAUUUCAAUAAGUAGUCCUGUGAACAGUAACACACAAUUCCUAGUGAAACGUAGAAUUUAUUUGUUCUUACUGGAAAUUUCAUCAUGCCACAUAAGCACUGCUUUGCAGCUAUCACUUCACUGAACUCCUAUGUGCACUGCAUACUUUCAGGUUCUGGUAAAGCAGACUGUAAGUUGCUCCUCAGUCAAAUUUAGUUCCUAAGAUUAUCUUUUCAUAAGUUCCCACUGAAAGGAGCAAAACAAAACUGAUUGAACUCUUCUAUGGUCAUUGACACAAAUAAUACAUCUGUGUGGCAAGACAUGUUUGAAAUGCUUAGAAAACACACCACACCAGUAACUAUUGGACUUCUGGUAAUAAGAAAUAAAUGCUUCUGUAAAACCAAAAUGUCAAUCACAGUAGACCAAAUAGUGGUAUAAACUCCAAAGGAAAAUAAUGUAGUUUUCCCACAAAUGGGGAUAGCGUAUGUUAUACAGUAGUUUCAAACACUACCUCAGUUAGGCUAGAGUAGAAGAGAUUUGUUUUAAUAACUAAAUGGGGUUACAUCAAACAACUCCAUGUUAUUUUUCUGCAGUUAAGGCAAGAUAAACAAGUUUUAUCACUUGUAUUUAAAAAAACCCACCUCUGUUCAUUUGUUAAGUUUAACCCAUAGCACUUAAUGUAGAAAGUCAUAGGAAGGCCUCUGAUUAUAGAAAGGUAAGCAAAUAUACUUUUGAAAGAAUCUCCAUCCUGAAUUGCUCAUGUAUUCUGAAUAACGCGCUUGUGUGGGGAUCCGUGACAACAGAAACUUGACAUAAAAAAUUAUGGCUGCAAAUUCAGUUAUGAAGCGUGGUUUUUCUUCUGAAAGUGUAUGAGUGUCAGUAGAUUUCAACAAGUAUGCAUCAAGUCUGUAUUGUAUAUAACAUACAUUUCUAGAAAAUUAAUUUACACACUGACAUUAAGCUCACAUUGAUGUUUCACUUUAAUUGGCAGACGAAGGGGAUACUGUUAUUGAAGGAAAUUUAUAUUGGCUUAGUUAUAAACUGUGAAUUUCUAAUUUUAUAGUUCUCUUUGUUUUUUUCAAUGUCCCUUUCAAAGUCCUUAUUUUGGAGUUUUAUUUGUGUCAUGAUAAAGCUUUGAAAGAAAGCUGUAGUAAAUAAUGAUUGUUCUUACAUUAGCCCUAAUAAAAAAAAUCUCUUCCACUUCUCCUAGGGAAGCUGACAGACCACCCACUUUUUAGAUUUCCAGUCUGAGUGAUUGGUGAUACUGCUCAAUAAAUGGCAACAUGUGUAGCAUUCACUUACACUCUGUACAAAUGCAGUUUGGUUGCUGUGGCACAGAAAACACCUCAAGGACUCAGCUUGCUCACACACAGCUCAGAGGUGGGAGCCGCUCCGGGAAGGAGAGGCUGUUUGUGGAACCAGUCACAAUUACCAUCAGCUACCUGAUUCUCUUGGUCUACUCUUACAGGCAGGGGAAAGGGGAGCCCUUUCCAAAGAGGAGAGAGCUGUCUGACUGACAAGCACCCAGGCACCUCCGUAAGGACCUGGUCCUCACCACAAAGGGAGGGAGGAUGAGGCUUGGGGGAUGAGUGUCUCCUUUUGGAGAAGGAGAACUUUUCACCUCUCUGAAAUUCAGAAAUGCAGAACACUUCCAGCCGUUGUGGACAUCACUUGGAGCUAGAUAUGGUCAAGCUUUGAAGUUUCCAACUCACGUGGAAUCCCUGGCAUGUCGUGCUUGAAACAGUUGCUUUUCCUCAUCUGACAGCUCUUACUUGACUGAUGUCUGACAGAGGUACCCUAAAUGCGCUCUCUUGUGGGAGGUGGUGGUUAUUUCCCUAAAUGGAGUUUUGAACAGUUCACUAGUUGUGGGUGCAGUGGCUUAGGACACUGAGGUAAGCUGCCCUUAUAAACAUUCAGAAGGUAUCUGUGAGAAUCCUGCAUGUCUUUCCGAUUUCACUUUGAAACAUAGUGGUCUGGAAAGGAGAGUUGUGGUUUGCAGUGAGACCGAAAACAAAACCGAAGCGCCUCUCCUAGGUGCCUGAAGAGUAAGGUAGCUGUUCAAGAAAUAGACUGUAACCAAAACCUAGUGAGGGAUGGAAGAGUUGCUGCUUUGUAGUCUGUGCCUUGGGCUUGGUGUUUGGCAGUUUGGGCAGCAGGAACCUGGCACAGCUUGUAAGCGAACAUGAGCUCAGGUGUGUGGCAAUCGCAGCGGAAGAAUUCUCACCAGGCUCUGAGGUCCUGCUCACCUCCCCACUGUCCUGCUUCUCUGAGCUGCACUGGAGCCACUUGAAAGCAGGUCCAGUAACUUACUUGUUUUUUUUAAGUUACACUUCUAUUACUGUGUGCAUAUGAAAGGUAUACAAUGUGAGAGCAAACAACUUUUACAACUGUAAAAGACUUUUGACGACAUGCUAAAAACCAUGUUUUUGUUUUUCUGGAGGUCUCCAGUCUCCUUGGUUUUCAUUUAACUCCAAGUGCUGGUUCCCUAGAUAAUUUUGUUUUCAACAGAUUUAUAGUCAUUAAAAAAAUGUGGAUUUUCUUUGGGUUAUUUUUGUAGUGUAGAUAGACAUCAAUGCCACAGCAUGCAGAAAUUGCACAUUUUGCUUGAGUUGCUUUUUAAAAUACACUAUUUUAUUUGCAAAAUGUAAGUUAUGCCAAAAAAUGUAACAUCAUUUUGCCACUGAAUAGGGUGUUUCAGCACAAGAUACUAUGUCUGAAGGGGAAAAAAGACUCUACAUUUUGUAAAUCUAAUUGAAAAACUGUUUCAAUACUGGGCUGUCAGCAUCCCUAAAACUGCAUUACAAGACAUUAUCUAAAUUAGUAAUUCUGAGGGAAGGGAUCAAGAAAAAUCUCAAUACUUAUUCUCCCUGUCCUGUGUGGUCUUUUUUUUUUGUUUAGUAAUACGCUGCUACAUAUUUGGAGGUUCUAGUGUUUGUAGGUCACUGAACAGACAUUGAAAUCUGAUUUAUAUUGUAUACCUGUAACAUAGAAAGAAAAAGUAUUUAUAUAUUUUACGUAAGAAUAUUGCAUUGAGCUGUGUAUAAUUUAAACAGAGGCUUGUCCCAAAAUGGUAUUGCCCACUUUGAUUUUUUUGUGUGUUUUUCUUUUUUCUUUUUCUUUUUUUGUAUACUGUGUACAGUUCAUGUCAACGAGCAUUAAAGGCCUCCUGAAGCGUAGUCUUAUCAAAGGGAUGAGUUGUUAAUAAAAUGUACUUAAACUUA